UUUCUUUUUGUUUCUUUGUUCAAUGGAGAUAAACGAGCAAACAUACGCUACACUACAGCAAUACUUAUUGCAGACAUUAAACCCUGCAACACAAAAAGAAGCCUCUUUAAAUUUGGCUCAAGUAGAGACCCAACAAGGCUUUCCUUUACUUUUGCUUAAAGUGAUUAGUGAUGAAUCCGCUGAUGCCACUAUUCGUAUGGCUGGUGCUGUCUAUUUCAAGAAUUUUGUGAAGCGCCAUUGGGUGAUGGAAAAUGAAAAUGAAGCAGAUAAGAUUGCUCUACCAGACCGUAUUGAGAUCAAACGACAAAUUGUGCAGCUCAUGAUCACUGUGCCCGAUAAACUUCAGUUACAAAUCAGUGACGCGCUUAGUCUGAUUGCUGCUUCUGAUUUCCCUGAAAAGUGGGAUACUUUAUUACCUGAAUUGAUCAGUAAAUUGAGUCCUACUGAUUAUCGAGUAAACAAUGGUAUUCUUGGUACAGCACACUCUAUCUUCAAAAGAUGGAGAUCAGCCUUCAGAAGUGAUGAUUUGUUUCUUAAUAUCAAAUAUGUCUUGGAUUUAUUCUGUGAACCUUAUAUGCAACUCUUUCAAAUUACAGAUAAACUGAUUGAAGAAAACAACACUAAUUUACAAGCACUGCAGAUUUUAGCUCGCUCAUUGGUACUUUUGAUCAAGAUUUACUAUGACUUGAACUGUCAAGAUCUUCCUGAAUUCUUUGAAGACAAUUUGAAUACAUUUAUGGGCUUAUUCGAGAAAUAUCUUGUCUAUCAAAACCCAUUAUUAGUAACUGAUGAUGAAGAAGAAGAAGGACCAUUGGAACAAAUCAAGACGGGUAUUUGUUAUAUUCUUGAAUUAUACGCUUCUCGUUACGAAGAAGUAUUCCCUCAACUAAAUGGCUUUGUGCCUAUUGUGAUUAAUUUGCUUACAAACACUAAUGGUGAUCCUAAAUAUGAUGCUAUGGUAUGCAAGGCUUUUUCUGUAUUGACUGCCAUUGUCAAGAUUGAACGCCAUGCUCAAUACUUUGCAGAUCAAAAUACACUUGGUACAAUGUGUGAGCGUAUUGCACUCCCCAAUGUAGCCAUUCGUACCUCAGAUGAAGAACUAUUUGAAGACAAUCCUAUUGAAUACAUCCGCCGAGAUUUAGAAGGAUCCGACACAGACACACGCCGUCGUUCAGCAGCCGAUUUCAUUCGUGGUUUGAUGGAGCGCUUUGAGACUCAGGUUACCAAGAUCAUGUCUGACUAUGUCUUUCGUUACUUGCAAAACUACAGUAUUAAUCCUAAAGCCAACUGGAAAGAUAAAAACACGGCUAUUUUCUUAUUGGUUGCUAUUGCUACGCGUUCUGCUACAAGUCAACAAGGUGUCACCAAGACCAAUGAUUUAGUGGACGUGGUCGAUUUCUUUUCAAAGCAUGUCUUGUGUGAUUUGCAGUCUGAAGUGAUGACUGAUAUGCCUAUUCUUAAGGUAGAUGCUAUCAAGUAUGUCUAUACAUUUAGGAAUCAGUUGACAAAAGAUCAACUGUUGACUGUAUUUCCUUUGCUUGUGAAGCAUCUUGAAUCCACUGAUUAUGUGGUUCAUACUUAUGCUGCUAUUGCUAUUGAACGUAUCUUGUUUAUGCGUCAAGGCAAGACAAUGAUGUUUACUUCAGAAGACAUUAAACCUUACUCAGAGACACUUUUGUCUCAACUGUUUAGAUUGAUAGAACAAGGACAAACACCUGAAAAACUCUCUGAAAAUGACUAUUUAAUGCGAGCUGUAAUGCGUGUCAUCAUCACUAGUCGUCAAGACAUGGUCCCUUAUGUGAAUGUGAUCAUGGGCAAAUUAACCAACAUUCUUGCCAUUGUCAGCAAAAACCCUAGUAAUCCUAAAUUCAAUCACUAUGUGUUUGAGAGCAUUGGUGCCUUGAUUCGAUUCAUUUGCCCCAUCUCUGAAGCUGCCUUGUCUGAAUUUGAAAACAUGUGCUUUGGUCCAUUCCAGACGAUUUUGGCUCAAGAUGUUCAGGAAUUCAGUCCUUAUGUGUUCCAGUUAUUGGCUCAAUUGCUUGAACACCACAAGGGUACCGAAUUAACAGAAGCCUACACCGCUCUUUUGGUGCCUAUCUUGAAUCCUGCUUUAUGGGAACAAGGUAACAUUCCUGCUCUUGUACGCUUGAUUCAGGCUUAUUUGAACAAGGGAAUUCAAUCCAUCUUGGCCAGUAAUCAACUUGAACCUAUUCUUGGUAUUUUCCAGCAAAAGCUUGUUUAUUCACGUCAAUUUGAUCAUUAUGGUAUUCUGUUGUUGGAGACAUUGACAAAGCGUGUGCCUAUUCACUUAUUUGGCAAUUACCUUCCUGCUUUACUUUCUGCGGUAUUGAAGCGUCUUCAGAGUAAAAAGAAAGGAGAUCAAAUUAGCUUUGAUAGAUUUACACGUAACUUUACACUCUGGAUGAAUUAUUGCUUCUUGCUUGAAUCCAUGAAUGGACCCGACACAAUCAUUCGUGUGUAUGAAUCAUUACAGCCUGGUCUUUUUGGUCAAAUUAUGUCCUUGUUUAUUCUCCCAGACUUGGUCAAGUUAAGCAAACCUAUCGACCGUAAAAUCAGCGGUGUGGGUAUGACCCGCCUUUUGACCAAAUCAGACAUCAUGUUGAAUGAACCUUACUUGAGUCAACUCUGGUCCAAGUCCUUGUUGGCUCUGUUGGCCUUGUUAGAAUUACCUGGUUCACUUGAGACAGAUGGGCCUGAUGAAUUGUAUACCUUGGAUAUUGAAGAAGGAGGAUAUCAAACUACAUUUGCCAAAUUAGCUACAAGUAACCCUGUUCAAGAAGACCCUACUGCAGGCUUACCUUCUUCUCAAGUCUAUCUUGCUCAACAAAUCAUGGCCAUGGCUCCAGAAAAACGUCAAUUGAUCAAGCCAUUCAUUACUCAAUUACCAGAAGCAGUUCAAUUCCUGCCUGGUUAUUUCUCUAGUGCCAAUAUCUCUUUGGAUCAAUUGUAAUAAACAAAAAAAAAAAA